CAGCCACACUGCAGGCCCCAAAACAAAACAACUCGGUUCGCGGAGGCGAAAAAAUUAGAAAAAAUUGCCACUGCGAGAGCUUGGAGGCCACGACCCGUGUGACUAGGAGUUGGCUUAAGGACGUGCGGAGUCCCGAACAGUGCCGCCCGCGAGUGCAACAAACGAGGAGUGACUGCUGACCAGGCCCAAACCUAUUGAUUUUGGUUUGCAAUUGUGCAUUAAAUAUUAAGCGAAAAAACGAGGGCUGGCGCGUGGCAGCCAGUGGCAAAUUGUUGCUCCUCGAACGCGAAUCCAAUCCCCCCCCUACCCAGCCGUGCAAUCGCGAAAGUCCGUGUAAUCCGGAAAUGCAGGCAGCCACCAGAGGAGCAGAGACCAGAGCCAGUUGGUGGACGGAGUGAAGCAACCUGGAGAGAGAGAGCUUGAGCCAGAGCCAACGCGUAUUCGAAUCCGUGAUAUUUGGGGCGUGCGUGUAAACAAAGCAAAAAGCAACGACAACAACACAAUCACUAGCACACACACACAAUGGCCAACAACAGUCGGAGUCGGGCUAUACUGAGCGUGAAUCUCGACGCGGUCAUGGCCAACGAUCCGUUGCGGGAGCUCUUCGAGGCCUGCAAGACGGGCGAGAUAGCCAAGGUGAAGAAGCUGAUAACGCCGCAGACCGUGAAUGCCCGGGAUACGGCGGGACGCAAGUCCACGCCUCUGCACUUUGCUGCGGGUUAUGGACGCCGAGAAGUGGUCGAAUUCCUCCUGAACAGCGGCGCCUCCAUCCAGGCCUGCGACGAGGGCGGCCUGCAUCCACUGCACAACUGCUGCUCCUUUGGCCAUGCCGAGGUGGUGCGACUUCUGCUAAAGGCCGGAGCCAGUCCCAACACCACCGACAACUGGAACUACACUCCAUUGCAUGAGGCGGCCAGCAAGGGCAAGGUAGAUGUGUGCCUGGCCCUGUUGCAGCAUGGGGCGAAUCACACGAUCCGGAAUUCAGAGCAAAAGACACCGCUAGAGCUGGCAGAUGAGGCGACGAGGCCCGUUUUAACUGGAGAAUAUCGCAAGGAUGAGCUUUUGGAGGCCGCUCGUUCGGGGGCAGAGGAUCGUCUGUUGGCCCUGCUGACGCCACUGAACGUCAACUGCCAUGCCAGCGACGGACGACGUUCAACGCCCCUUCAUCUGGCGGCAGGCUACAAUAGGAUUGGUAUUGUGGAAAUCCUGUUGGCCAACGGGGCGGAUGUGCAUGCCAAGGACAAGGGCGGUUUGGUGCCGCUGCACAAUGCCUGCUCCUAUGGGCACUUUGAUGUGACCAAGCUGCUCAUCCAGGCAGGUGCCAAUGUCAAUGCCAACGAUCUGUGGGCCUUUACGCCGCUCCACGAGGCCGCCUCCAAGAGCCGGGUUGAGGUAUGCAGUCUGCUCUUAAGCCGCGGAGCAGAUCCCACGCUCCUCAACUGUCACAGCAAGUCGGCCAUAGAUGCGGCGCCUACCAGGGAGCUAAGGGAAAGGAUUGCAUUCGAGUACAAGGGUCAUUGUCUGCUGGAUGCCUGUCGCAAGUGCGAUGUCUCCCGUGCCAAAAAGCUGGUCUGCGCGGAGAUUGUGAACUUUGUGCAUCCCUACACUGGAGAUACUCCCCUCCACCUGGCCGCCGUUUCACCUGAUGGCAAGCGCAAGCAACUCAUGGAGCUGCUGACCAGAAAGGGAGCUCUUCUCAACGAGAAAAACAAGGCAUUCCUCACUCCCCUUCAUCUGGCCGCCGAAUUGCUGCACUACGAUGCCAUGGAGGUCCUGCUGAAGCAGAGUGCCAAGGUGAAUGCUCUCGACAGCUUGGGGCAAACCCCAUUGCAUCGAUGUGCUCGGGAUGAGCAGGCAGUUCGUCUGCUGCUAUCCUACGCCGCAGAUACAAAUAUCGUUUCGCUGGAGGGACUCACCGCCUCGCAAUUGGCCUCGGACAAUGUGCUCAAGCUGCUCAAGAAUCCGCCCGACAGUGAAACCCAUUUACUGGACGCUGCCAAAGCCGGAGACCUGGACACUGUGCGUCGCAUUGUGCUGAACAAUCCACUAAGGGUCAACUGUAGAGAUUUGGAUGGACGACAUUCCACGCCGCUCCACUUUGCCGCUGGCUUCAAUCGGGUGCCAGUGGUUCAGUUUCUGUUGGAGCAUGGCGCCGAGGUGUAUGCCGCUGACAAAGGUGGCCUAGUGCCCCUUCACAACGCCUGUUCCUACGGGCAUUACGAGGUCACCGAACUGCUGGUCAAGCACGGAGCCAAUGUGAAUGUCUCCGAUCUGUGGAAAUUCACGCCACUCCACGAAGCGGCUGCUAAGGGAAAAUAUGAUAUUUGCAAGCUGCUCCUUAAGCACGGUGCCGAUCCCAUGAAGAAGAACCGUGAUGGGGCUACCCCAGCGGAUUUGGUCAAGGAAUCGGAUCACGAUGUGGCCGAGCUACUGAGAGGACCCUCUGCUUUGCUGGACGCUGCCAAAAAGGGCAACCUGGCCAGGGUUCAACGAUUGGUUACCGCGGAAACCAUCAAUUGCAGGGAUGCGCAGGGCAGGAAUUCCACGCCGCUGCACUUGGCCGCCGGCUACAAUAACUUUGAGUGUGCCGAGUACCUGCUGGAGCACGGAGCCGAUGUUAAUGCCCAGGACAAGGGUGGACUUAUACCACUGCACAAUGCCAGCUCGUAUGGGCAUUUGGAUAUAGCAGCGCUGCUGAUCAAGCACAAGACAGUCGUAAAUGCCACGGAUAAAUGGGGCUUUACGCCGCUCCACGAGGCAGCCCAGAAGGGACGCACGCAACUGUGCUCGCUCCUGCUGGCCCACGGUGCCGAUGCCUACAUGAAGAACCAGGAGGGACAGACGCCCAUCGAUCUGGCCACCGCCGACGAUGUCAAGUGCCUGCUGCAGGACGCCAUGGCCACCUCGCUGAGCCAGCAUGCAUUGAGCGCUUCCACGCAAUCGUUGAGCAGCAGCUCCCCGGCACCGGAUGCAGCAGCAGUAGCAGGAGCAGCAGCUGCCUCGGCAGCCGGUACCUCAUCGACAGCCUCCUCCUCCUCCACGAUUCUGUCCCCCACCACGGAAACCGUGCUGCUGCCCACCGGCGCCUCCAUGAUCCUCAGUGUUCCUGUACCGCUGCCUCUGAGCAGCUCCACGCGCAUUAGUCCGGCCCAGGGUGCCGAGGCCAAUGGGGCCGAGGGCUCCUCAACAGAUGACCUCCUGCCGGAUGCGGAGAACAUCACCAAUGUGUCCGGGUUCCUCUGCAGCCAGCAGCUGCAUCACCUAACCGAGCUGUUCGAGCGUGAGCAAAUCACAUUGGACAUUCUGGCCGAGAUGGGUCACGAUGAUCUCAAGCAGGUGGGCGUCUCCGCCUACGGCUUCCGCCAUAAGAUACUCAAGGGCAUUGCCCAGCUGAGGGCCACCACAGGCAUUGGUAACAACGUUAACCUGUGCACCCUGCUGGUGGACCUGCUGCCGGAUGACAAGGAGUUUGUGGCCGUCGAAGAGGAAAUGCAGGCCACGAUACGCGAGCAUCGGGAUAAUGGACAGGCCGGUGGAUAUUUCACGCGCUACAACAUAAUACGGGUGCAAAAAGUGCAGAAUCGUAAGCUUUGGGAGCGUUAUGCCCAUCGGCGACAGGAGAUCGCCGAGGAGAACUAUGUGCAGUCCAACGAGCGCAUGUUAUUCCAUGGCAGCCCCUUUAUCAAUGCGAUUGUACAGCGGGGCUUUGACGAGCGCCACGCCUACAUAGGUGGGAUGUUUGGGGCGGGCAUUUACUUUGCCGAGCACAGCUCGAAGAGUAAUCAGUAUGUUUAUGGAAUUGGCGGUGGCAUAGGAUGUCCCUCGCACAAAGACAAGUCCUGCUACGUGUGUCCAAGACAACUCCUCCUGUGUCGCGUGGCCUUGGGUAAAUCCUUCUUGCAGUACAGCGCCAUGAAGAUGGCCCAUGCUCCGCCUGGCCACCAUUCGGUGGUGGGACGACCAUCGGCAGGUGGCCUGCAUUUCGCGGAAUAUGUUGUCUAUCGGGGUGAACAGUCUUAUCCAGAGUACUUGAUAACCUACCAAAUUGUGAAGCCCGAUGACAGCAGUAGCGGGACGGAGGAUACAAGAUGAUGGAUGCCCUCUGUUGGCUCCACGCCCACAACCACAUCGCCAGCUCUGCAGCAGCAGCAGCAGCCGCUGCCGCAACAACAACAACAACAGAAGACCUCAGCUCCAGUUGCCAAGAGCCGGCCCAAGCAUGCCAAGCCUUCGCUGCAGGUGCAGUAUCAGCAUUAUCAGCCACAGCAGCACCUUGUUACCACCACUCAGCCGUCGCCCGCUGGCGUCUUUGCGCACAACAACAACAACAAUCAUAAUAACGCCAACAACACCAACAGCGGUCAUGUGAGCAGCAGUAACAACAACAAUGACAUGUCGCCGGUAUCGAACAGCAAUAGCUACUCUUCGGUGGACACCAACCAGACGCUGCUCAAUUCGCUGGCCAACCAGCAGCGGCACAACCAACGACACCAACAGCAGCAGCAGCAGCAGCAAAACCAACAGCAACCAGCAGCGAAUCGCAACCAAAAGUAUAGUCAAUUUAUGAUCAUCACACCCGCCGUUUCCAUAGAUCGCGACUUUGAGUACGAGUCCCAUUUAGAUUUUGAGGAUUUCGCCAAUGCGGCCCACAACAAUGGGAAUCUGUUUCGAUUGGGAUUGCGACGCAGCGAUAGCAGCAGCGGCGACAGUGGCCACAGCAGCGACAGCAGCAGUUUUCGCUCGAAUUAUAAUCCGUAUUUGCAUCACAGUCGCCAGCACUUGCUGUCCAAGGGCGGAGGAGGUGGAGGAGGAGGCGGUGCCAGUCGUCACUUUUACGCUUUUACCUCUUCCUGGAGGUGGUGCAGUCUGCUGUGCGCGGCCAUGCGCUGCUUUGGUGCCGGUGCUGGAAACGGACACGCCAAUGCUCCCUACAGCAGCUCCCUGCAACAUCAUCGGCUCAGGCGCUGCUCGUCGUACAACGCAGAGAAUGCCUACGAGCACUUUGCGGCGCCCUUCAAGGCGCGCAAGACGCGCGAUCAUAUGAACAACAUCACCUACGAGUUGUGACGGUGGCACUGUGUGUUGCUGCUGCUGCCGGUUAUUGAUCUCCCGUCUCCUUUAUUACAAUUACUAGCUAUAGAUGUCGUGUCCUGUGUGUGUCUCUCACUCUCUUUCUCUCUCUCGUUGUUUAUUAUUACUCUAUAAUAUAUCACAAGUAAGGGGCGAGCAAAGCGAGACUCGGAUUGGCAUGGAUUAUUGGGUUAUCCAAGGAGUAGCACGGUUUUUGAGUGAUUUUAAAUUCGAUGAAAUACCGAACGUUCGAUUAUACAAGGUAAAUAACAAGUUCUUUGACGACAAAUGAUGGAAUGAAGGCAUUACAAUACAUUACAUUGCGCUCGGGCGUUUAUUUAAGUGUUUAAGCUUAGUUAAUUUAAACAGAAAUUAAACUCCAAUUAAAUUUAAAUAUACAAAUACAUAUACAUCAUAUAAUAAAA